GAGCCUCUUCCUCCUCCUCCUCCUCCUCCUCUUCGAUCUGCAUCUACAAACCCUUCAUUCUUUAUCCUUCAAACUGCAAUCAGCUCUCUUUACUAAUCUAUCUAUCACUUAUGGCUCUGGAUUCAUGGCUAAUCAAGGUGAAAACAGCUCUAUCCAACGGUUUCGAGUCUGUCCGAUCCGUCCCACCCAACAACAGCAACAACGGGAAACCACUCAUCAAGAAAACCAACGUUGGUGUCUUAGCCUUCGAGAUCGCCGGUCUCAUGUCCAAGCUAAUCCACUUAUGGAAAUCUCUUUCCGAUAAAAACAUUCUCCUUCUUAAAACCCAAGCCAUAUCCCUCGAAGGUGUUCGUAAAAUUGUCUCCAACGAUGACUCUUUCCUUCUAACCCUUGCCUGCGCCGAAAUGGUCGACAACCUCUCUCUCCUUUCACGAUCCGCCUCCCGCUUCAGCUCCCGCUGCGUCGAUCCCUCUCUCAGGAACUUCCACGACCUCCUCAACCAGUUUGCCGACACCGGUUUCGAUACCCACAACUGGCUACUUUCCGGGAAAGAAUUCGACUCUAUAUUAAAGAAAAUCGAUCGCUUAAUAUCUUCAACCGCUAACCUACACAAACAGAUCGACACGCUUACCACACUGGAGACUGGUUUGAAGAAGAUGUUUAAAGAUCAGAACGAGAUCACGGUUAAGCAACAGAGGAUUAUUGAUCUGAAACAGAGGAUCAUAUGGCAGAGACAGGAAAUCAAGAUUUUAAAAGAUAAAUCUUUAUGGAACAGAACUUAUGAUUCAGUUAAUUCCUUAAUUGUCAGAUUCAUAUUCACUAUCUUAGCUCGGAUCAAACAUGUAUUCGGCGUCGUCCAUCAUGGCCGCCUAAUUCCGGUAUCCCUUUCCAGAACCCUCUCUGCUUCCGCCACCGUAUACCCGUCGGAGAAUCAAGAAACCUGCAACUUCGUAUCUGGGCCAUUGAACAUGGAUGAUGAUAAUAAAUAUCUUGAUCAUGAUGAUGGUGAUGGUGAUGGUGAUCAUAGGCCUGGAUUCUUCGAGAUGAAUUCAAAGACAAUGAUACCCCCGUCGGGUACACUUGGAGCAGCGGCUCUAUCUCACCAUUACGCAAACUUGAUAAUAGUAAUGGAGAAGAUGAUAAAAUCUCCGCAGCUGGUUGGGAUGGACGCCAGGGAUGAUCUCUAUUACAUGCUCCCGAGUAGCAUAAGAUCGGCCCUGAGGAUCCGGUUAAAAGGUGUCGGUUUCUCAGCAAGUGAUCCGGGUCUGGCCGGAGAAUGGAGAGACGCUUUGGGGAAGAUACUUGGAUGGGUUUCGCCAUUGGCACACAAUAUGAUCAAGUGGCAGAGUGAAAGGAGCUUUGAACAGCAACAACAUCUCAUUCCAAAGACCAACUUUCUUCUAUUUCAAACGUUGUUCUUCGCAAAUAAGGUCAAGACCGAAGCUGCCAUAACCGAAUUGCUGGUGGGUUUGAAUUACAUUUGGAGGUUUGAGAGGGAGAUGAUCAAUGCUAAGGCUUUCAUCCAAGGUGCCAACUUCAAUGGAUUCUCCAAUCCGAACACUACCAUUUCAAACCAGUGAUUAAUAUAUAUAUAUCCUUGUCUGUUAUUACUAUUUGAAUUUUGAUAUAUAUGAACGUAUAUAUAGAGUGUUCUUCCA